AUGAAAUUCUUCAUCAUUUUCGCUGUUGUGAUUGCAAGUGGAAACACUGCUAACCCUCCUUGGCAUCCACCAGAAGGACAGUAUAAAGUGUACGGGAACUACUACGCUUGGAACAAUGGUUGGAACGACCCUAAUAAAGUUAUAAAAGCACAGUACGGGCAAGGAACUUCGCCAGAGAUGACGGUGAGCUUCAACUUCCAUGACAAAGGACUGUACGGCUAUUCAGCGAUCUGUCGUGGAUGGCAUUACAACUUGAACCCAACCACUCAUGACACAUUGUUCCCGCGUCAAGUGCAAUCAAUCAAAAGCAUCCCUGUGACGUUCAGCUACAGUGCUUGGGGUAAGAACGUGGGCGGUGACUUUGCCUAUGACAUCUUCUUCCGCUGGGACACAAAUAAGGACACACCAGAGCUUGAGAUAAUGAUCUGGGGUGAUCACAACUCCUAUCCGAUCGGAAACCUGUCCGCUUGGAAUGUGAUCAGAGCUGGUGGCCGCACCUUCGAUCUAUGGGAAGGAUGGAACGGCGGCGCCGGCUAUUACGUCUACUCUUUCGUCCCAAGCGGCACCGUUGGAAAAUCACAUCUUUCCAGCUCAG